AUGGAGAUUCAUUGCCUUCGUGACUGUGUAACUGCGAGAUUGAUUUGGGAUAAGUGCGAGUUGAACGUGGAUAGUGGUGCAAAGUGCAGAAAUUUUGCUGACUGGGCAUCGGUGUUGCUCGAGGAGCUGCAGAGUUAUUCUCAUGGUCUGCUUAUAACCACUUGUUGGGCAAUUUGGAAGGCUAGAAACAGGUGGAUAUUUGAUAGGGAUGCGUGCAAUCCAAAUCAAUCAAUGGAGUAUGUCUUGAAGUUAAUGAAGGAGCUUCAAAAGGAGGAACAUGGGCAUGUGAGAGGUGGUGGUUCAUCUCGAUCUAAUGGAGGGGCUUCUGUUGGUGUUAUUGUGCGUGAUUCGAAGGGUGCAGUGAAAUUUGCUGUUGCGUGGAGGGUGCAGGACUGCUGGGAACCUGCUGUUGCCGAGGCUAAGGCUAUUCUGAUGGGACUCCAAGCUGCUGUGGAGUUCGGGCUUAGAAGCCUUAUGGUGGAGAGUGAUAGUCUUAGCUUGAUUACCGCAAUUAAAUCACAGGAUAGAGGGGGAAGUAGCUUACAUAUAGUGCUAGAUGAUAUAUAUGAUGUUAGUGGUUUGCUUAAUUUUGUUUCUUGGUCUUUUACUCGUAGGGAGGGAAAUAAAGUUGCCCAUGAGCUUGCACAUUGCUUGCCAAGGGACACUAGUAGUCGUAUUUGGUUUUCAAAUUUUCCAAGUUGUAUUAUUCCGAUUUUGGAGUUGGAUCUCCCUAUGAAUGAAAGCUAA